CAGGCUGCCGACAAUUUAGCCACUCAAUUUUCGUCUGCGAGACACGCCCCUUUCACGAAAAGCUUCUUUAUCGAAAGAAAAUAUUUUUCUAAAUGCUUUCUUCCCAAAACCCUCAAACUGCCAAACCUUUUCAAUAAUUUUCUAUAACGAAAAUACUAUUAAAUAAAUGAGUAUAACAACACAAGUUGUAGAUGAAUUAAUUCGUAAUUGAUUCAAUUUUCGACUGCGAGAAACGCCCCUUCACGAAAUGCGAGCACGCCGACAACUACAUAUAUAAGCUUCUUCAACGAAAGAAAGUCAAUCAAAUUGCAAAAUGGUCAUGUUGCGGGAACUGACUCAAUGGAUUUGGGCCUCUGAUGUGGACAGCGGCAUAAUUGGAUCCAUAGAGCUAAAUGUCUGGCUUGCCCAGUUAAUGGGCCUGCCGCUUUUGGAUAUCAAGACCGAGUCGAAACCCCAGAGAAUUCGCAUACUCGCUACCAGUUGCAUUGUGCUGCCGUGCCUCUUAUGCUAUGUGUGCCUCGAAAUAUAUGACCUGGUGCUGAACUGGAACGACGUUGACGUGAUGACACAGAACGUGGUGGAGACGCUCACCCACUUGGGCUACUGGUUUAAGGUGCUCAAUACUUUUUACCACUACGGGGAGAUAAAGCGGAUCGUUUCAAAGUUUAGGUUCCUCACCAGGACUUGCGUCGUAUCCCGCCAGCAGAGGACGACCUUCCACCAAGUGGAGGUCCAGAACAAGCUGGCCUGCCUCACGUACUUCUGUCUGACAGUCUUCUCCUCGACAAUGUCCUUGGUCAUGUUGCUGAACGAACCGGAUGCGAUGGCGGGAAAGCGGUUCCCAUUUCGCGUCUAUAUGCCCAGUUGGCUGCCUGCUCCGGUACAGCAUCUAUACAUGGGUCUGUGCCUGAUUGUUGUCUGCUGCGGCCUCACCACCAUCGACAAUACGAAUGUGCUGCUCAUGAACCAAAUCUGCCUGCACCUCAAGGUCCUGAAUCUGUCCUUCGAAGCCCUGGAACUUGAUUUGGACAGGCGGCUGGAGGUGGAUCCGCACAGCUGGAUGCAAUCCAUUGUCAAGUAUCACUGCAGUCUGAUUGAUUUGCGUCAGCGGUUGGAGCGGGUAUACAUGCUGCCCGUCAUGUUUCAGUUCGUAUCAUCCCUACUCGUAGUGGCCAUGACGGUGUUCCAAAUGCUCUUAAGCGACGGAUCCAACAGCUCGGUGAUCAUGUACUUCCUGCUUGUGGGAUUGAUGUGCCAGUUAUUCCUCUACUGCUGGUUCGGCAACGAGGUUUUCGAGCAGAGCAAGACGCUUUCCAUCUCCGGAUUCGGCUGCGAUUGGCUCCAAUUCGACAUUCGGUUCAGGAGGUGCCUCCUCAUCUUCAUGGUGAACGCGCAACGGCCUCUCCUGUUCACAGCGGGCGGAUUCAUGGGUCUCACUCUGACUAGCUUCGCCAACAUCUUGGGCAAGUCCUACUCCAUUGUGGCGGUGCUGCGACAGAUGUAUGGCAGGGCCGAAUAAACUGAGGCUUUAAAUAAACAUAUUACUGGUCGAGGGUUCCCUUACUCGGGUUAGAACAUUCGUUUAGCCGCACUAUGAUAAUUGGCUGUCAUAAAAUGUGUUUUCAUACUGUAGUUGAUUGGUUUUGGCUUGUAACCUGGUAUUAUUUAACAACCUAUCAUUAUAUUUUUGGUCCCUAUUUUGUGAGUUACACUGUGAGACGAUAAUAUAUAUCUAGUGCUG